AUGCGCUUUUCUUCUCUACUGUGUCUGUAUCUUCUCAGACAGACAACUGCUGCGCCGAUAGCACUUGCCUUCUACAAGGGGACUCUGACCCAUGCGGACUGGGUCAAUCUCGAUCAUCGUCGCCUCCGUUUGUUGUCCGAUGACAGUAAUGACAAUAACAUCCGCGCCGUGACGGACGUUGACUCCCGCGAUACUACCACACUCCUGCAAUCGCCCUUCCACCUCCUCUCUAAUCACGACUGCAACUUCCCGACUUGCGUCUCCUCGACGACAUUGCGGAAAUCACUCCGUCGGCGUACCGACGCCGGCAAAAUGGCCGUCUCGCGUCUACCUUGCGCCUUGUGGGCAGUCCUUGGAUUCGCCUUCGCCUUUCUGAUCAUGCGGCUCGUCAAUCGACACGGUCGAUAUGUUCGAAUUCCCGGUGCAGGACACGACCGGGCAACUGACGCUGUGGUGACAAAGCCGGAGCCUAGCCGUGUGGCGGCAGACGAGGAAGUGUCGGAUGAUUUUGACGACACGGAUUAUCCGAUGGGAUAA